AUGGGCUCGCUUCUCAAGUUUACGCUAGCAGCACUUUUCCUUUCCCUCUCGCCUUUGGGCGUCGAAGGGGGUCUUUGCGACGAUGACAAAGGCGAGGCGUGGCUCCAUUACGCCAGAGAUUGCAAGGGCUGGACAAACCAUGUGAAAUGGCCAGAAACAACCGGGGACCUCCCUUGUCAAGUAAUCACGAAUGGCAACGUGGGCAGCGUUUGGAAAUCGCGUGCUAAUGACCGUUGCGCGAUUAUAUUGUACACGACCCCUUAUUGCGAUGAUGAUCACAGACUGGAUACUGAAUCCGCUAAUGAGUAUGGAUGCAAGAAUGUCCCUUGGGGCGCGAAGGCUUGGAAAGUCCGUUGCGUCAAGGACCCCACUUGUGAUUAA